AGGUAUUUUAUGUCGAAGAAAUGGAACUGGGCAGUCAUAAGGAACGUUGCAGCGUUUUGGAUUUUCGGUCUAUGCAACAACUACGGAUAUGUAAUUAUGUUGAGUGCUGCGGAGGACAUUAUGGCUGCUCAGGAGGGAGGCAAUGUUACCAAAGAAAUUCAGAACUGUGAGGAACACAUCACUUCUCGACAUUGCACAACCAUUUCGACUGGAGCUGUACUUCUUGCAGACAACCUUCCCUCUCUUCUUGUCAAACUUACCUUUCCAUUCUUUAUGCAUCGGAUUCCAUUUGUGUUUCGCCACGUGCUGGUUUGUUGCCUACAAUCUGCAAGCUACUUCAUAGUUGCCUUCUCCGUCAACGUGCCGAUGUCGCUUUCCGGAGUGUGCUUCGCAUCUUUCGGAUCUGGAAUAGGAGAGAUCAGUUACCUUGCGUUGGCUUCUCAUUAUUCCACCGCAUCAAUAGCUGCGUGGUCAUCGGGAACAGGUGCUGCCGGUUUGUUUGGCUCCUUCACGUAUGCGUUUCUGACAGAUCGGUCGAUGGGAAAUCUUCAGCCAAAAGUAGCUCUUCUCAUUCAACUUUUCAUACCACUUGUUUUCUUGAUUGCGUACUUCGCUAUCCUAGUUGUACCUACAGAUGUUCAUCAGCCAGGAUGGAAUCCUAAAACAUGGAUAGUUCCAGAACCAGUCGUCAAGCACGGAGAAAGCAUAAGCAGUGUGGAAAACGAAGAAGAGAGUUCAAAAGGAAAGGCCAAAUCGAAUUUGAAAGUUCCACAAAGGAAACUAACAUUUGUCGAAAGACUGAAGUACAUAGUGCCUCUACUACAUUAUAUGAUACCCUUGGCGCUUGUUUAUGUUGGGGAGUACCUCAUAAAUCAAGGAGUGACGCAGCUCGUCAUCUUCAACUGUCAUGAAGGAUUCAAUUUGACACUGAGUGCUCAGUACCGUUGGUAUCAGGUGCUCUAUCAACUUGGAGUUUUCAUUUCACGCUCUUCAGUGAAGUUUUUCGCAUUACCAACUUGGUCUCUCUACUUGUUGCCAAUACUUCAGGCAACGAAUUUCUUCUUCUUUUUCUUUGAAGCACUCUAUUGGUUCGUGCCUAGCAUAGGAAUAAUCUUCGCUAUUAUUGUAUUCGAAGGCUUAUUGGGAGGAGCAGCAUACGUGAACACAUUUGAUAAAAUUCAUAAAAAGGUUUCUCCAGAUAUACGAGAAUAUUCUUUGUCUGUGGCCUCUGUUGGAGACUCCAUUGGAGUCAAUUUCGCAGGAUUCAUGUCAAUACCAUUGCACAACUUCAUAUGCGGCAGACCAAUGCCAAGUGUGCGCUAAUAUAUGGUUUAUAAUUGCGCAUUAGUUAUACAGUAAUAAGUGCUGAGAAGAUACGGGGUUGCUUGCUCAAACGUUUCGUAAAGACAUUCUAGAAGCAUGAGGAU